AUGCUGUUUUACUCCUGCUUUCCCUGCGAGAUUAACAACGCCCCCAGUCUCAGGCUGCCUGGUCCCCCCCUCACGACCCACCCUUUGGCCUCAGCACCGAGCUCCCCUGCUGCUGUGACCUCGCGCAGGGCACGAAGCCAGCGCGGUGUGAAGCGAAACUCCCCGGUGAGCAAACUGCAGCCUUCGCAAGAGCGGAGAGCCGCGGGGAGGGGCGGUGACCUGUCCUCCACCUGGGAGACUCGUCCUCCUCCCCUCCCCCGGCCUUGCACACAAGGAAAUGCAACUCCACGGGCCUGCAGUGGAAAACAGGGAGGCCCAGGGGAGCAGCCAGGGAGGAAACUUCAGCUAAAACCACUCGCUCAGAGGCCCCUGGUGCUGCUGCCGCCGCCAGACAAAAGAUUAUUUCAGCAAGAAGAAAUACAUGUGAGAAACAAGAUGUCUCUUGCUGAGAGACCUCACCGUGAUAAGCAACACCGAUAUUAUGAGAGUCACGGAUCUGACAGACACCAUGAGGAGAGAAGGGCUAAAAAGCCACACCCAUCCAAUGGAAGGUCAACACAAGGGAUUCCUGGCAACCAACACUCAAGACCUUCUAGUGCGAAUUCAGACCUGUACCAAAAAAACAAACUUCCAACUCAUGGAUAUGUCAAUUCUCCACCAAAUUAUGAUCCCGAGAAAGAGACCUUUUCAGAGAAAUGUAAUAACCUAUGCUCAAGGAGAGGUAUUUUGAAGUUUGUUGAAAUUACCGUCAACAUUCUAGUGCUGAUCUGUGUUGGAGCCUCCCAUGCAGCUAUUGCUGGCUACAGUUCUAUGGGAGGUUUGGGAACGGGCUCUUUCAACAUUGGUUCGUUUUACAGCCCAUUUGAAGGAACCGAGUUCCAGGAGGUGCGAGACCUGGACAUGCAGUACAGCCAGAUGAGAGCUCCUUGUGUGUAUGGGGGAGUAGCCUUCAGCCUGACAUUAGCGGCACUUACACUCCUGUUCCUCAUCGCUGGGGCAAAACCCAUUGAUCGACUCUCUGUGAAGAUGCUCGUGGCAGAAUGUGCCUUUGAUGCGCUGGCUUGUAUGGGGUAUAUUGCAGCUGUUGGCCUUUACUUACACUUUAUCAUCCAGGUGAACUCCACCGACACAUGCAAGAAGAGGGAAAGACUGUAUGCGCGCCGUGGGUACACCUGGAUGAACUGCGAGGUUCAGGGGGGUGAUGCAGCUGUCAGCCUGUUUGGCAUCGUUGCUGCUUGUUUGUACUUCCCAAGUUCUGUGAUCUGUGCACUCACCAUUCGAAACGUACGGGCCUUUCGGAGCCAGAUGACCAGGACUCAAUACAGCCUUGAGAAUAGCUACAGAGAGAGAGAAUACCAAAAGGACUACAGAAGCCCCGAAAGCACUCACAAUGCACAGGUUGUAGCAACACUGGUGUAGAAUCUGUCAUGGAACUCAGAGCAGUGGCAGGGAGCAUGAACUCCGGUGAUGGGCAGGCACUGGAUCUGAUAUUUUUAGGGUUUUUUUUAAAUACAGAGCAUCUGUAUCAUACGGACCAUAGUGUACACAUGUACAGCAUUGUCAAUUUUAUGAUGGACUAAAAAGUCCUGAAUGUAAUAAAAUUUACUUUGUCACAGUAAAUUUUAAUUUUAGAUGGUUACACCAAUUACUUAAGUCUAUUUUCAAAUGUAAAAAUAUAUUUGGUUUCAACAGUU